CUCCUCCAUAGUCCAUCUUCUUCUCCACUUCCUCCUCCUGUGCUCUUCUUCUUAUUCUCCUUCCCCCUUCUGCUUCCCUCUAUAUCUGACUCAUCUCAAUCAAUCUGUGACACUCGUUCUAUCCCAUCCCUAUAAAUUGCAAUACGUUUGGACCGUCUCCGUCCGCAUGUCGUCAUAUUCUUUAUCGUCCAGCGCUUCCUCAUCCCCUCGACUCUCCGACCACCACCAACCACAACAACAACCACAGCAACAACCUCAAUCACAGCAACAGCAACAGCAGCAGCAGCAGCAGCAGCAAAGGUCGUCUUCUCUGCAUCAAUCCGCCGCCUCCUACUUCUCCUACCCCGUUACCCACGUCGUCUCAGGUCUCUACCGCCGCUUCACCGAUCCCCAAUCCGCGAAGAACGGCACGAACAACAAGGACAGCACCAUGCGGCGCCCAUUCCAGUCCACCAGCAGCACCACCACCGACUCAGCCAUCAGCAAUAAUACCACCAACCUAUUCACCCCAAUGCGAACCGCCUCGCCCUUCCAACCACCCCCACUCACCCCCCUAACCCUGACCGACCCGGACAGCAACUCGCACACCCUCCAGGCCCAAGACUACCUCCUCACGCGCUCCCUGGCCGAAGAAAUCCGACUGCUGGUUCCCGCCCGCCUCCAACUCUGCGACACCUGGCGGCUAGCCUACAGUCUCGAGCGCGACGGCGCCUCGCUGUCGACCCUGUACGAGAACUGCCGCGCCAUCUCCCAACGCAGCCCGCGGGCGGGCUACGUGCUAAUCAUCCGCGACGCCUCUCCAUCCCUGCCCCUCUCCUCCUCAGACGGCAGUAGCAGCUAUGGCAACAGCAAUAGCAGUGGUGGCGCCGUCUUCGGCGCCUACAUGACCGACCCCCCGCACCCGGACUCGCAUUACUUCGGCACGGGCGAGUGUUUCCUCUGGCGCGCCUCGGUGUUGCAGCCGCCCUCGACCGAUCGACUCCUGCAGACAAUGAUGACGAUGAAUAACAACAACAACGACCAGCAGGAGCACGACAAUAAAGAUGCCUUGGCAGCGCUCGAACGCGCUGGGUUACCGUUACCGCCUAGUGCGGAUACCACCCACGCCGGCAGAUCGACUACCCUGCGGAGUCGGAGUCCCCUACCCCGGAAUGGUGGUGCUGGUGCUGGUGCUGCCGGGUCAAGUAGCAUGACGCCGACGACUGGCAGUAAUAGUGGGACGGCGACGCCGGAACAGAUCCGCUUCAAGGCGUUCCCAUACAGCGGAGUCAAUGAUUAUAUGAUGUUCUGUGAGACGGGGUUUCUGAGCUUGGGAGGCGGGGACGGUCAUUACGGUCUUUGGGUAGACUCGAGUCUGGAAAAAGGCGUUAGUGCCGCUUCUCAAACUUUUGGAAAUGAGCCACUCUCGGACGAAGGCGUCAAGUUCGAUAUCCUCGGUGUAGAGGUCUGGUAUGUCGGUUCCUGAGCAGUUGCAUAAGAAUUGGUAAUAGGUAUAUGCGUCUUUCAAAGCAGAUCGUCUAUAGGAAGAUCGAUUGCCACUGAAAAUGAGCAGGAGGAGGAUCAUAAUCUGCGGGCAGAAUGGUCUAUAAUCAUAUAUUUCAUUAUUGAUUUGAUUUGAUGAGAGGGCAGGAAUCAGAGAAGGG